UAUACAGGAAACAAUGAGCAUUCAAAACUCGCAAUGAAUUUACACGUGAUAAAUUUUAAAAAUUGAGACGGUAUUCCGCGUCCACAACUUUGUGAUCAAGUAGAGGCAAACUCCACGUCAAAACUUCAAAAAAAAAUAUUGCAAUUUGAUAUACUGUUCACAUGUCGCAGUUCAAUCAAAUCCACGUAUAAAAGCCAAUGGCCAUAAGCACCACAACCACAACACACGAAAGUUGGCACACAUGGAGAAACAGAGCAUCAGGUUCAGACAGAACACUUCUUCUUCUUCUUCUUGGGUUCGAGGCGCGUGCAUCGGACGCGGCUGUUUCGGUACCGUUAGCACGGCCGUGAGAAGAUCUGACGGCGGAAUUUUUGCCGUGAAAUCCGUUGAUCUUGCCACAUGUCUCCCUUCUCAGGCAGAGUCUCUGGAGAACGAAAUCGCCGUCAUCCGCUCUAUCGAGCCUCACCCCUACGUCGUGGGUUUCAUCGGCGAUGACGUGUCCAAGGAGGGAACGGCGUCGUUUCGGAAUCUUCACAUAGAGUAUCUUCCCGGCAGUGACGUGGCAUCCGCCAGCAACGGAAUUGACGAGGCUCUGCUCCGACGGUACACGUGGUGUUUGGUCUCUGCUCUUCGACACGUUCACUCGCACGGAAUCGUUCACUGCGACGUCAAAGCGGCGAACGCCCUCUUCGGGCACGACCGGAGUUCCGUCAAACUCGCGGACUUCGGGUCGGCUAUCAGAUUUUGCGGCGGCGAGUCGACGGCUCUGAUCACGCCACGCGGAAGCCCCCUGUGGAUGGCGCCGGAGGUGAUCAGGAGGGAGUACCAGGGGCCGGAAAGUGACGUGUGGUCGCUCGGUUGUACGGUCAUCGAGAUUUUCACCGGAAAACCCGCCUGGGAAGACCGCGGGCUAGACUCGCUGAUUCGAAUCGGAUUCUCCGACCAGUUACCGGUUAUCCCGGCGGGUCUGUCGGAACUCGGACGCGAUUUCCUCGACAAGUGUUUGAGCAAAGACCCGAGUCUGAGGUGGAGUUGCGAUCAGCUUUUAAAGCACCCGUUUCUGUCACGUGAUCAUUGUUCGCCGUCUUCUGAAUCGUCUCCCCGUUGCGUACUCGACUGGGUCAAAUCGGAGUACGAACAAUACGACGGAGAGGAAGAUACCGGGCCGAGAUCAGAACCCGGAGUUUCGGCGAUGGCAAGGAUUUGUAAUUUGGGUGCGACCGGAGGGACAAAUUGGGAAUCAGAUGGUUGGGUGGAGGUAAGAGGCCCUCAACGAAUCAAGGAAUAUCCGAAUCGCCCGAGGGUAAAUGCGGAAUCAAACACAUGUCAAGAGGUCGAAGAUUCGUCGGAGUGGCAAAGUCGUAAUUUCAACAAUCUGGGAGCCGCGGCGACAGACGUUGGGCGGCCGGAGAACGCGGGACCGUCCGCGGUGUUGCGUGAAUUAUUAUUCAUGGAAUUUCUGGCGGUAGAAAAUAUUCAUAUAUGUUCUAAAUCUUUCGUCGAUGUGAUUCACAUAUAUCGUAAUUAUCGUGACAAUAAUAAUAAAAAUCAAAUUUUUUUUCUAUUGCAUGUGAUUAGAUGGGGCCAAAAAACCUGAAC